AACGUCGUUUCCUGGCGCACCUUGGCCGUCAUUUCUCUUGUUCCGGGGGCCUUGCAACUGGUGGGGAUAUUCUUCAUUCCCGAGUCUCCAAGAUGGUUGGCAAGAGUUGGACGGGUGAAAGAGUUCAAAGCAUCUUUGCAACGGUUGAGGGGGAAAAAUGCUGAUGUUUCUGUAGAAGAAGAUGAGAUCCAAAGUGCCAUUAAUGAAAUGAAAAACGAUGAGAAAUCUAGUGUUGGGGACAUUUUCAAGCGCAAAUAUGCUCACGCCCUCACGGUUGGGAUUGGUCUAAUGUUUCUUCAACAACUUGGAGGCACAUCGGGUGUUGCAUAUUACGGCAGCAGUGUUAUCCAAAAAACUGGUUUUUCAACCACUAUUGGGACCAUAAUCAUUUCUGUAAUCCAGGUCCCCAUUGCUGCCAUUGGGAUAUUCCUGAUGGAUAUAUGUGGAAGAAGGCUUCUCCUCAUGGUUUCUGCAGGUGGAAUGAGCAUAUGUAGCUUCCUUGUAGGAUUAUCAUUUGUAUUACAGGGGCUUAACCUUUUCAAGGACUUCACCCCAAUUUUGGCUAUCACUGGAAUUACUGGAUAUUUCACUGCUUUCUCAAUUGGGAUGGGAGGAAUCCCUUGGAUUAUAAUGUCAGAGAUAUUUCCCAUGAAUGUAAAGGCUCUGGCUGGAACUCUCAUCACAUUAGUCAACUGGUCAUCUUCUUGGGUCAUGACUUACUCCUUCAACUUCAUGAUGCAAUGGAGCCCUGCUGGAACAUUCUUUAUUUUAACAGCAACUUGUGGGUUCACAGUUAUGUUUACUUUCAAGUUAGUACCGGAAACAAGAGGAAGAACACUUGAAGAAAUACAAGCAUAUAUGACGAGGCUUUAAUUUGAUAACAAGCCCACUUAUGUGUGUGUGCAUAUGUAUGAAACUAUGAAUGAAUAUGUAUUCAAUACAAAAAAAAAAAUGGGCUUUUUUGUGACCAGGAUUAAGGGUCGCCAAGGUAACAACAUGGUCUAGACAAUCUUUGGCGACCGUUUGUUGUUUUUCAUAACCUCUUUUGGUCACAAGAAGCUAUAGUUUAGCUAUUGGAAAUUUAGUUCAUGGAACUAUGGAAGAGAUUCUGAAC